UGCAUCAGGAUCAUCAUUUUUCAUUGCACAUACACAAGUUAGAUGGAAUAGGUUUUCUUUUACUUACAGCAAGUACUUUUGUCUAUCUUGCUGUUCUGUUUAUUAUUCUAUUUACAUUUGAGUUUUCAGUAGUAUACAGUUUCCCUUUUUCAGUUAAUUGUUCAUGAUGGCAGCUGCUGGAGUGGACUCAAAAUCAGAAGCUACCAACGCUGUGCUGGAAGCUCGAGAACAUGAGCAAAUCAACAACAUAAUGAGUUACUCUCAGCGUGGACGAAUGGAUGAACAGCGAUGCUCCUUGAGUCCUCUUAAAACUGAACAAGUCAAAACUACAGCUCCAGGAUCAAACUUUGGGGGACAACACCUUGUUGAACUGGGAAUGUCAUUGCCAGGGUUUAACCUUCAGGCACCUAGGAACUGUAACCAUCGUGGCUCUGCACCUCAGAUUUCUUUGACAGAGAGUACUCCAGAUCUCAACAGGAAGAUUCUGUUCACACCAGACAACCAAUUACAAGUUACCUGUCAGCGUGACCGCAGCGCUUCAAUAACGCAACAAACUCCUGAUGAACAACAGAAGUUCAUCAAUAUGAUCAGCGGUGGCCAGCGUGGACGCAUGGACGACCAAAGCUGUUCCUUUGAUCCUAGCAAGAGUGCACCAUGCUCACCAAAACAGAGAGUCCAACAGCCUGCUGCAAGUACAUCAAAGAAAGGUGCGGAUCCUGAAAUGUUCUUAAGCCUCUUGGCAAACACUCAAAGCCAACGACUCGACGAUCAGCGUGUGUCUCUUCCAUCAUUACCAGGAUUACAAAACAAAGAGGCCCCAUCUACUGCAGGGGGAGAUUCAAGCUACUUAUGUUUCAUGGUCUCUAAAGUCCAGGGUUCGAGAAUGGAUGAGCAAAGGUGCUCACUACCACAAAUCCUACCCAAAGAGACCCAGUGUUUAACGAAUAAGAACACACUGGGAACUGGUUCAGGCCCUCCACGUUCAGCCUCAUUCAGCCCCGGCUCUGAAAUAGAACAACAAAAGAAUAAAGUUAAAGAAUCUCAAAAACAGGCCUUGACUCCAGGUGAACAGAAAUAUCUUUGUUCCUUGAUGAGUAAUUCCCAGCGUGGGCGAAUGGAUGAACAGCGAUGUGUCAUAAAUGCUACUCCCAAGUCCACACCCACUCGCAAUACCAAUCAGAGCACUGUUCCAAAAGGUCCAAAUUCUGAAAAGUUCUUCAGCCUGCUGGCCAACUCUCAGGGCCGAAGGCUUGAUGACCAGCGAGUAUCUCUUCCUUCUUUGCCAGGGAUACAGAAUGGAGGUAACACAUCAACAUCAACUGCUGCAGAGAGGGAUGCCAGCCACUUGUGCUACAUGGUCUCCAAAGCCCAGGGCUCAAGGAUGGAUGAACAGAGAUGUUCUGCACCCUUCCUAAAUAUUGGAACCCCAUCUACUCAAAAAAAAAUGUAUCCCAGUUCAAGCGCAUCUGAUAAGACUCCCAAAAGGUCUUUGUCCUUUAGCCGUUUCGAACACCAGCAGGAGGCCUCUCCAUCUGAACAGAAACAGUUCUUGAAAAUGAUAAGUCAUGCACAAGGUGGACGAAUGGAUGAACAGCGUUGCUCUUUACAACCCAGCAGAAGCACACAUGCCACUCCCACACACAAUGGAAGUGCUUUAAAUAGUCACCCUACAACAGGUGCAAAGGCGGAGGACUUCUUUGAACUCAUUGCUUCCAGUCAGAGUAAUCGGCUAGACUAUCAACGUGUUGCACUUCCUCCGAAGGAUGGACUAACUUCUCCACCACAAAUAAUUGUUGCUGAAAGUACCCCAACGUCAUCAAGGAAAGAUUGUUCUAGACCCCUAACCUAUCAAAUGGCUCAUGCAGAAUAUGACUCUCCCACCUCCCUACGUAAAUCUGCUUCAUUUACCCAAGACACAGCUUAUCAGAAGAAGCUCAAUUCUUCAGGACAGGUGACAGUGAGGGUGUCCAUGAGCUUUACACCAGAAUUGGUACAUAAGAAUAUGAACCAAUCAUGCACAUUCCCAGAAGUCUUCCUCACUCUCGGAGCCCCAGGAGACAACAUUGUGAUCCCUCUGAGCCCAGCACCUGGCAGAUCCCUGUCCUUCAACUUGAACCUUGUCCCAAAAGAAGAUGUCCAGUACGAGCCUGGCUCUUCAUGCCAUGCAAGUCCCAGAAGAGCCCACUCAAGGCCUUCAUCUCCCAACCGACAUGAACAGAGGAGCAUGGCCAGCCCCAUCAGUCAAGAUGAAAACUGCUUCUCUCUGAUUGAGAAGGUUCCCACAGCUCAGCUUCAGAAGGGAAUGGCUCAAGGAGGACAGAAAUGUAAAGGGGAUCCAGCAAAAGGGAGGGAAAAGGCAGACCAGGGAAAGGGAGGUGGCAAGAAAGAUAAAAAGGUUGGUGGCAAUAAAAAAUAGUCAGGUUAACCACCUUGUAAAUGAUGUAGUGUAAGACUUUGGUAAAUGGCUUGGAAAAUACAGUCAUUUAAUGAGAAAUGUUUUUAAAUCUGUAAUGUUAAAUAUUCCUACACUUAUUAGAAGCAGUUGCAUUAGUACACAUUUAUUACUCGUUUAUUUUGUUUAAUUUUUAAGGACAGGUUUUUCCUUGAGCCAUUUUUAUUUUAUUUUUCCUGUUUUCUGGUUUAGUGUUCCAUAAACAUAUAUACAUGGUCUACUUGUUUCUAGCACAGUGGUGUGCGUGGAAAGUCUUUGCUUUCUUUUUUCAAAUGAUAAUGUAUUUAAUACAGUGGAAGAUAAUGCUGUUUUAGCAGAUUAUCAUUAGAGAGAGAUUGUAGGUUGUUUGGAAUUAAACCCAUUCCUCUGUAAAACUCUGGGAAACCACAACAAAUAAAUACAAUAAAAACAGAAAUACCCAAAUGCUGCUCUUGUUUAGUGAAACAACUUUCUUUGGCCAAUUCUUACAUUUGAAAUAGUUGCAGCUAGUUUUAAAUCAUGUACAAUGAACUACAAAAGAACCAGACACUAUUUUCAAUAAAUAAUUGGGCCAAAUACACAUGAUUACGUAGUCACUUUGAAUUGACAGGAAUGGGUUAAUACCGUUUCAUGAGGUUAUAUCAUGUUGAAUAUGACCCCAAAAAGUAAAAAGAAUACGACACUUGUGACCGGUUUAUCAUUUAUUAAAAUUCCCAGGAACUCAUAUUGUAUGAACUCUGCCAAAAUGCUUCAGCUGAGGUCUUAACUCAUUCAGCGGAGUCACUUCCCUGGAAGUGAAAGAGAGAGAAUCAGUACUUGUACGCAGUGUUCCUAGCAAUGUAUCAAAGGAGGAAUAACAUUCAGUAUGUAUUUUAGGAACAAGCAAUUAACAGUUAACAGA